UUUUGUUUACAUUUGACUGCGGAAAUACAAAAAAGUCCUUGUCAUAGCAUGUUCAGCAGGUUUUUGUCUUUAUUCAAUCGCGGAAUGAGGGCUUACAAGGUACAGGAUGUCAAGAGAGGGAAAAGAGUCGGUGUCACGGCGAAAACAUUCCAGGAACUUGUCAACAAAGGCUGUGAAAAAUUGGAGCUGGACCCUAAGACCAUAACCAUUGUUCUUGAAGAUGAUGGCACCCUAGUGGACAGCAACACAUUCUUUCAGAAACUACCGGCCCAGACUGUGCUAGUGUUUCUCAAGCCAGGCGAGACCUGGGGGGGAGCUGGUGCUCUGAUCCAUGAUGCGCUUAGCCAGCUGUAUAACAUGUCAAGGAAGACUGAGAUUGCUGACCAGAUAAAGGAUCUUCUUGCUGGGGAGGGUUCCCCAGAAAAGAUGCAUAUCAUAUCACAGUACCUGGAAAUGUUGCAGACAGACCCUGAGCCUGAGUUCAGAUAUGAGGAUGAAGACUGGUUUGAAGGUCUAAACAAGAAGUACAAGACCAAACAAGAGGUAAUGAAGAACAGCGCUCAAACUCGCAUACGCAGCUACUUUAAUACAGCAAAGGAGCAAAUAGAAAAAGAGAGCAAGGACAGCGAAGCGCGAGAAAUGUUGUCAGAGACUCUGGAGCAGAUGAUGAACAGACUCAAGAAAAACGAUUAUCAUGGGGCGUACUUCGACAGGACUGCAAAAUCGGGGGACAGAAUGUGCGAUAAGAAGGGCUGGUUCCAGUGUGAGGGGCCAUUUGAUAGUGAGAGAUGCGAGAGCUUUCAUACAAUUAACCCCUACGCAUCGCGAGGAUACAGACAACUAUUUGGUCUGUGGAAUUUGGAUCAUGUCAUUGAAAAGUCGAGAGAAAUCCUGCCAACCUUACUUCAAGCUUCAAAAGAGCGAAAAAAGCAUGAACAGAUUAACUGGGAACAUGUGUAUAAACUGUUGUUCACGCGGGCUAAUCUCAAACUGGUGCAGGUCGGCUGUCACAAAAAGGCCGCUAGGACACAAACUUGUAAUGUUCGGGACUUUCUUUUGCCUAGUAGCUGAUUGUUGUCAAUGUAUUGUCAUAGCCUUAUACAGUGUGUGUAUACCACGUUAUAAAUUAUGUCAAAUGCUACAUCAGAAUGCAAUAUUUUGCCUCAAAAAAAGACUUUGAACAACUAUAACUACUAUUUAUCCAUCAUUAAAUGAAAUAUGGCACAGUUUACGUCGCUCACGUAGCCCCGCCUUCGGUCUUUUACUAGAGUUUGAUUGAAAGUUUAGUUUCUUAAAAUACUUCUACAAACCUUUUCACUAAACUGCAGCCUGAUGAAGCACUGUCAAACAUUAUUUUGGAAACAGGUUUGUUGAAGUGUUUGAAACUUAUCACCUAUUCAAACGGUAAUAAAAACGUAGGCUGAGCUCUUUAAGGGGUAUUGACUGCCCUUUGUUUCAUUUAAAAUACAUUUUCUUUGUGUUAAGUCAUUAUUCGAAGCUAGAUGUUGCCUUCUGACGUACCAUAAUAUAUGAUUUAUCACCUGGUAUGCACACACUGUUAUAGUGUUGUUUUGGUAGAUGGGUGUGUGCAAAAAAACUUUAGCCUUAACUCAGUCAUUUAAGAUACACAAAUGUAACUGGAUUACUUGUAGCCAGAGACAAUACACACACAAUUUACAAAUUCAUAGCAAGGCAUAUAGCUAUGGCUGUCGAGUUUUGCCCAUUGUUUGACUGUCAUAAAAUAGACGAGCAUUGACAUUUGCUUUCGUAGGUUUUCUUGUAGUAAAAGUUACCUGCUACUUUUGAUGAUAAAGGUUGAUAAGAUGUUGAUAUGUUGUUGUUGAUUUUUACUGAAAACCCGGUAUGAAAUACAUGUUUAUAUUUUUAUUAUUAUCUAUCAAAUUCUAUCUCAGAUUUGUAAGUGAUUUAUUACGGCUGCACUCUUACUCCCAAAUAAGAUGUACCCCAAGUAAUACAAUUGUUGUUUACCCGAAGGAUGAAUAAAUAUUGAAAACAAUGAAACAAUGGUUCUUAUGAAGGAUACCAUGUUUAAUUUGAAAGAAAGGUGCAGAAAACACCGUCUUUCUACCUUAUUAUGAGAGUGUUGAUCCCUGUAAAUCUUUAAGGUCUCACCAGACAUUAAUAUUUUUACAUUUUUAGCUAUAAAAUACACAGUUACAAUCAGUAAUUAAUAUUUUCCAUAAAUGGAUUAUUUAGUAAGUAGUUAAAGGUUUAUCACUCAAAAUUUAAGUUUGUUAUACAUGUGUAUAUAUUGAUUUUAAAUAUGAGUGUCACUUUAUUUGUCUGAAAGGGGAAAUUUUGUAUUGCUUAAAAUAAAUGAUGUGACUUUUUACAUAUCACCUACACCAGUUGUAGCAGAGUUGUUUCAUUUUCUUUGUUAUAUUUUGUAUGGUGUGCUUUUAUGAUUAUAUGUUACCCAAUCUAUGCAAUUUACUUGGUGCAUUAAAAUAUGUCUUGUUAAUAGUAUACACUGUAGGUGUAAAACAUAUUUGGCUUUCCUAAUUUAUGAUGAAAAUCUUACAUGAGUGUUUGUUAGAAUAAAAUAUGGUAUGUUUGUUAGUGUGAGAUAUGUUAUAAUAAGAUGACAUGAAUUAAAAUCUUAAUGAUCAAGAAUGGGCAGAGUAAACGAAGCGAACAAGCCCUUAUUGAUUAUUAAGAAAUUACUUCAGGUCAUCUAACUGACUUAGAAUACAACCUCAUUGGCUGUUAAAUUAUCAACACAAAAUCUGACGCAGGGAGUGUAUAUCAGAUGAGUGGCAGUACACAGACCUUUAAACACCUGUGAAAUUCUUAAUGACUGCCUAUUUGCAAUUUCAUUGGCUGAAAAGGUUCAAAUGUAGGUUUAUUCUAAGGUAUGUUUGUUAGAAUAAGAUAUGGUGUGUUUGUUAAAUAUUUUAUUGUUGUUAAGAUUUUGAACCAUUACUUCUCAUAACUGUUAGUAUAUUGAGACUUAAUAUUCAAGAUGUUGGAUGUUUUCCAUGUGAUCUUUUUUCACUUCAACUUAGAUUUUUGAUAAAUUGAAUUUUGAGAUAAUAUUCACAUGUAACCAAUAACUCCGUCUUUAACACUUGUUGAGUUAUACCCCUUUCCAAUGGAAAAACCCAACAACAGAUGGACAUUGGAGACUGCUCAUGAAGCUCUUAUUUAAAUCAUUAUAUAUUUAAAUGGCUUUCAUGUGCUCAAUACAAUGAAUCAUGUUGUUAAACACUUUUAUUUGAUAUGCAUUCCACUUUUUGAUACACUUUUGUGUAGAAUAUUUGUGAUAUGUUUUAUGAGUUAAUAUUGCUGUUGUACGGAUAAAUUUAGUGAAGUUUUAAAACUGUAAUGAUCUCUACAUCACCACGUUUGCUGUAUACCAAUUUACACCACCAACCAUCCAACAUUCUAUUAUACAAUAAACGUCCUCCAUAUGCA